CCAACAUCUCUAACAAUCCCUCCUCACAUGCUGCUUCUUGCCGACAUAUCAGUCGCAAUGUCGACUAUAAUCGCGUUUACUGCACUACUGGUAGUGUCUACUGCCUACCUCAUAUCGUCCAGAGUUAGGAUUUGGCGCACUCAGGCACACCUACGCAACAUCCCUGGUCCUCCCGCAAAGUCACUAGCGUUCGGCAAUCUUCAACAGGUUUUUAACACGCGUGGUUGGGGCUUUCACGCUGAUAUGGCGCAGCGCUAUGGGAGCGUCUGGAGGGUUUGGGGAUUAUUUGGGGAUGCUCAACUGCACGUUAGUGACCCAAAAGCCAUUCACACCAUCUUAGUCAGAGAUCAGGACAUAUUCGAAGAGACGGACAUGUUCAUCGAGUCCAACAAGCUUUUUUUUGGAAUGGGAUUACUGGGUACCCUUGGUUCACACCAUCGUCGCCAGAGGAAGCUACUUCUGCCGGUGUUCUCUACCGACCACAUGAGAUACAUGAUUCCGACAUUCUAUAAAGUUACGCACCAGCUUGAGGACGUCUUGAAGGCCAAAGUCACCAGCGGGCCACAGGAAAUAGACGUCCUGGACUGGAUGACUCGCGUUGCACUGGAGCUCAUCGGCCAAGGUGGACUUGGUUACUCCUUCGAAACGCUUGACGAAACCAAAUCAAACCGUUACGCAGCGGCGGUAAAGAUGCUAUUCCCGGCGUGUGCCCGAGUCCCGAUCCUUCUAAUGUUACUUCCCUGUGUAGCCAACUUCGGACCUGCAGCCUUUCGCCGCUGGAUUAUACAAUUAAUGCCAUCCAAGACUAUCAAACAGUUGAUCGACGCUACUGAUGUCAUGGAUGAGACGUCGAGGAUGGUGUUCUCCCACAAAAAGGAGGCCUUGGAAAAGGGAGAUGACGCAGUGGUACACCAAAUCGGGGAAGGAAGGGACAUCAUGAGCGUCCUCAUGCGAUCUAAUAUGGAUGCUGACGAGGACGACCGGCUGCCUGAACAUGAAUUGCUGAGCCAGAUGACGACUCUGGUUUUUGCUGCCAUGGACACAACGUCUACUGCGCUCGCUCGUACGUUUUUCCUCUUGGCAAUGAAUCCACAAGUACAAGACACAUUGCGUGAGGAGCUUGUCAAUGCCCGAAGGCAAACCGAAGGCGAUCUUGAUUAUGAUACCUUGAACGAGCUGCCGUACCUAGAGGCCGUAUGUCGAGAGACUCUUCGAGUCCACCCGCCGGGUACUGGGGUUUCUAGGAUCGCGCGAAAGGACGCAAUUCUGCCCUUGAGCACCCCCAUCAGAGGAAAUGACGAUAGCAUCAUCUCGGAGAUCGCUAUCCCUAGGAACACGACCGUUAUGGUUGGUAUCAAGGCAGUGAACACUUAUACGGAGAUAUGGGGAGCGGAUGCUGCUCAGUGGAAGCCCGAGAGGUGGAUGUCACCUCUGCCCGAGAGCGUCACAAACGCUCGUAUCCCCGGAGUCUACUCCAAUAUGUUGACAUUCUUGGGUGGUGGAAGGUCCUGCAUUGGCUUCAAGUUCUCGCAGAUGGAGAUGAAGAUUGUCCUUUCUCUCCUGGUUUCUAGCUUCCACUUUUCACCCGGCAAGAAGGAGAUCGAAUGGCUUUUGGAACCUGUGUCUUCCCCAAUUGUCUCGGGAGGCACGAAACCUUCUAUGCCAUUGGUGCUUACGCCAGUCCAACCUGGGUUUAAACGCGCUGCUUGAUGUUGAAGGGAUUGCAAUGGAACCAGUCUGCUAUCCGCUGACGUUGGAAAAUCUAUCCGUGUAGGAUAAUCUUUGUU